CUACUAGACACUGGGAACAAGCAAGUCCAACCGAGAGUUCUAGCCAUAACAUGCCUGUUAUAUUUAUGAAGAAUCCUUUCAUAACCCUUUGAUUGCCAGUUCUUGACUAGAGUAUGGAUCUUGGAAAGGCAAAACUUUCGAAAACUGGUCUCAACACUUUAUUUCAAGCAAUCCAUCCCUUACAUGGCUUAGCCUGGACAGACGGCAGACAAGUUGUAUUGACGGCCUUGCAUCUUGAUAAUGAAGAGCCACAAUUUGGCAACUCUGUGGUCAUCGGACAGUUUGAACACGUGCAUGGUCUAUAUUGGGGACCAGCUAUUGGAAGUGACAUCCCAGCUUUGUUGGCAAUUCAGCACAAGAAACAUGUCAGUAUUUGGAAGCUUAAUAAUGACCCAUCUGGAAAAAACAAGCUAGUUCUUUCUCAGACUUGUGAAGCUGCUGAUCCCCUUCCAGUGCUGCCCAGUGGCUGUGUAUGGCAUCCAAGCAAAGAUGUCUUGGUCAUCCUUACAAAGCGUGAUCUUUCUGUUUUACAUUCUGUGACUUGUAAUAGUGAUAGUGUAAAAGCAGAUAUUAAAGGCUGUGGUGUCAUUCACUGUGCAUGCUGGACUAAAGAUGGUGGCUGUGUGGUGGCAGCUAUCGACAGUGCGCUUCACUCUUACACAUGGAAUGAUGACCUAAAAAUCUUAAAUCCUUGUUACUUUUGUCCUGUUUUUGAGAUUAAUGGCACAAUUAAUGCUAUUCAGCCUAUCAUGGACAACCAAGUUGUUGUAACGACAGGAAUCUCAACAGAUAACCUUCAUUGUUGGAACAAGUAUACCCCACCGGACAGCUCAGCCUUACUGUCCUCAUUGCUUGUGCUACAUGAAGAGGUUUCCCAGAAUAACAGAAGGAUAUCCAUAGAUUCAGGAAGAUCGGAACCAAAUGACUUGAUAAAGACCUCUUCACUUCUUCCAGCAGAUCUUUCUCAGAUCCUUGCAAGACAUCGUAACUCUGACCCCAGUCAUCUUUUUCAAUUUAGACACAAGUACUUCUCAGCUGAAGCUAGACACAGUAUACCAAGCCUCAUCAUUGUAUGUUUCGAGAAGAAUUCCACCACUACCAGAAAAAUAUCCAUCCCAGGUAUUUCAACCCCUGAUAUAUUAGUUGUUGAUUCUCAAGCUAAAAGAGUAAUUGUAGCAUCAAACACAUCAAAUCUUAUUUUGGUGUAUCCAAUCAAUCCAUCAAAUAUGUCUGGCAUUCAAGAACUGAAACUGGGAGAAAAAGAAAGAGCCAAAGGAAUCUGUUUUCUCACGGAUUCAACAUUACUGGUCUUGGUUGGAAGGCAAAAGACAAAUGAUGUGACAUUUCUGCCUUUAUCGAGCUAUGAAAAAUAUAUGGUUCAUUUGAUUACCAAAAAAAUAAUGACUACAGAAUCUAAUUUGUCAGUGCUUAAAGGUGGUCAGAAUAUAAUGUUAGAUUGCAUUUCUAGCUUCUGCACACCAGAAAACAAACCAUUUUGUGACCAUAAUAAUAGUUUUAGCAAGGAGCUCUUGAUGCCAAACAGUAUUGGUGUUCAAGCUCUGCAUGAACCAAAAAAAGAGGCAGAAAUUAUUAGCUGUGAACAUUCUCCAUCUUUGGAUCUGGAAGACCGACAGAAUAUUGAUAUUGAAUCAUCGACCCAUAUCACAUCUACCCUGCAUCCAAAUAGCAGAAAACUGUGCAGAAUGUUUUCUCAAGAUCUGGAUGGCCAUCAAAAACCCUCCAACCCAACAGAACACCAUCCCAGCACUUCUAAUAUAGGAGAACUUGUGUCGUUCAGACAAAAUCUUGGGAAUAAAGAAUCAAUCUUUACAGAUUCACAUUUUUGUCUUUCUGAAGGGAAAGAAUUGCUAAACAAUCAAACACAGUUACUACCAUAUCCAUAUUGUGAAGAUCCUGAAUAUGUUUCCGUUGUGUGUACGAAUUCUUCAGGUGAUGGAACGGAUGAAAAAAGAUGUAUUUUAUUGUGUCACGGAAAACUGCAGUUGAGAACACUGCAUCAUUGCUUUCAUCUAACAAACAUGGAAAUGAAAUGCGGUUCAAGGUGGAUCACUCUCACAGAAGAUGGAGAAGGCUUUGUCCCUUUGAUAUUCAGGAGCAAACAAGAGGUCAUCAUUAGGGACGCGAGUUUGAAAUCCUAGAGCUAAUUCUAGACUAACCUCAAAAUGAAAUUCAUAAUGUGAGUGUGGACAGAGGUAGGAUCACAAUGGAUCGCAACUUUGGCUGUAAACCUUUUGCAGUGGGAGUGAUAGUUAUAUGGGGUGUUUGAUGUGAAAUUAAUAAACAGUAAGCUCAUUAUAUCAACCUUGUUGUGUAUACAACUUUUAUUUUCAAUAUGUUUUUAACUUUAGAAUCAUUGCUAUUUGCUAGACUUACAUUUUUAAAAAAAAAAUAAGUAUCAGCAGUGUAAGAUAUAAUUCCCAAGCCAGUUUUCAUGUAGCUAUUUGUUCUCCUGAAGUCUCUGCUUUUAAAGCCCGUCUGAUUUAAAGUUAGGUUAUAGCAGGUCAUUGACAAUC